AUGAGAACUACAAUAGUUAUAAAACUAGAGCUUAGUUGGAUAGUAGUUUCACAAGCACUUACACAAGUGUUAGGAAUAAUUACAAGCUCAGAGUAUUCUCUAAAAAAGUUCAAUAAUGAUAACCAAGUUGAUAGUUUGGUGGAAUAA